AUGGCCACAGCUCUUGCCACCCUAAAAGGGGCUAAGCAGGAAGGGGAUGAGACAAGUCAUUCCUUCGGACAAAAUGCCUGGAAAAAAAACCCCGCGCAUUUGAGAGUUCUACAAGAUAAUUCUCUACAAGUAUCCGAUGGCAAAGAGCCUCAACGAUUCAAGUUUGAUCAAGUGUUUGGUCCUGAUGCAACUCAACAGAAAGUUUUUGAAGAGAUAAAACAAUUGAUUCAAUCGGCAGUCGACGGUUACAAUGUUUGCAUUUUUGCCUACGGGACAACAGGUUCUGGCAAAACUUUCACCAUGGAAGGUAAGAUAACUUUUUUAAAAAUUUCUUUAAUUUGUGUGGUAAAAAUUCAACAUUUUUCUACCCAGGUUGGAGAGGUUACAAACGAACAACAGGUACAAAACUUUCUUGCCAGGGCUCAGCAACAGCGCGCCGUUGCUUCAACCAACUGCAAUGAGCAUUCUUUACGCAGCCAUAGUGUUCUGCGUAUGAAAUUGACAGGAAGAAAUGUGAAUAAUACUGAGACUUCGAAAGGAAUCCUUUUCAUGGUUGAUCUGGCGGGUUCAGAGCGCCUCAAGGAUUCUGGUGCCACGGGUGACAGAUUGACUGAGACAAAUCACAUCAAUAAAUCCCUUUCUAGUCUUAAAAGCGUGAUCAUGGCACUUAAAGCCAAGGCAAGCCAUAUCCCAUACCGUGACUCUAAACUGACUUUUCUCUCGGCAUUGGGUGGCAGUGCUAAAACGCUUAUGCUCAUUAAUGUUUCUCCUGAAGAAACUUCUAUUGAUGAGACCAUUAACUCUUCGCGAUUCGCCACCACAUUGAAUGAAUGUCACCUUGGAACUGCCAAAAAAAUAGUUAAACAUCACGUCCGCACCACUUACAACCCUCCCCCCCCCAAAAAAAAACAGUCCUUAAAUGUUAAAAACACCACCAUACAAUCGAGAUCUCAUUAUUUAUACGAGUGGUAGUAGUGGUAGAACGCAAGAAAACAAUAUCACGUUUCAACAAAAUUUAAGUGGCCGCAAAAUCUUUUUUGGAAAUGCACAAAUUUUUCAAAGAAAUCUUCCGCUUACCUGAUUAUUAUUCAUGUUCACCAUUUUCGUCAGCAUCCUGUAAGAUUACACAAACACUGUCCGUCUCGCGGUUUGUUUUUUCCCUUUUCCACUAUUGUUGUUAUAUAACCGACUGGCUGGAUGACGAGGUCAGUAAAACAAAAAGUUGUGACACGAUAAGACCACACGUACACGAGAUAUAAAAGAACUGGAAAUAAAUGAAUCAACCAGUGGCUUUGUUCCAAAAUUAUACGCAACGACGACGAUAAAUCCAACCGAGAAUUCACUGCUUUUCAAUUAAAACGCCGAUGGCGAAUCGAAACAAAUAAAAACUAAUGUCCACUUCACGAACUGUUAUUUUCUUGCCGUGCGGUUGGCUGAUCUGUCCACGAUCGGCAGUAAAUAGAAUUCAAAAUCGUUCAAUCCGGUUUUCUAGAUUGAAUCUCUUUUAAAUUAAAAAAUUUUAAUUCGUCAUCUUGUGUGGUGUACAGCAAUUGCUCGAGAGAGGAUGAAGUUAACUCGUAAAGAAAAAAAGGCGAUUGGAGAAAUGAGCGAUGGAUUCUUCAUUGGACACAAAAACCAGGAGCCCCAGUGACUCCCCUCAACACACACGGGCAGGGGCUGAUAACAACCUUUUCUUUCUUUCUCUGAUGAUCUUAAUUCAUGGUUCGUUGCCUCUCGAGUUGUCUGCUGUCUGUCA